AAGAAGAACCAAAACAUCACCGCAGCAGCUGAAAGCAGCAAAUCAGGGAUUUCAUGCUGUCAUUAAAACACUGUCAACGUGUUAAUUACGUUAAUAACUACUUAUAAAAGACGACAACUCCCUCUCGGAGCGUUGUUAAACUUUCAGCCAAAGGAAAAUGUCACUGAGUGCAUCGUGUGAAUCGGUUUCUCAGAAGAGGACUCUGUCGAGCCUCCUCGCUGGUCGUGUGGUGAAGAGGCCGAAGCAGGGAGAUGGUCCGAGGCUGCAGGAGGCAACGAUCCAGCUGUUGGAGCAGCAGCAGAACCUCUGCAGUCUGCUCAGGGAGGUCGGGAAUCCAGAUCCGUGCAACAUCCUCCGCACUCCGAUAGGAGAGGAAAAACAGGCUGAGUCUGAGGGCAUCUCAUCUGUCAUUGCAGGAUCACUGCUGGUGUGUGAGCUGAGACGUCAGGCCUCGCAGCUGGGUGUCCCGGUGGCUGCGCUGUCAGUGAGGAUGAUGCUGGAGAGACUGAUGGAGAUCACUGCAACUGAGGAAGUGAAGGAGGAAGAGGACAAGAGGAGAGGGCUGCUCACUUCCUCUCAGCGGCGGUGAGUCCAGCUGUGUGCACUGCUGGAGUCCAGCAGAGAGCUGCUGUCACAGGGAGCCCUCUGCCCUAAACUGCUCUGGCAGGAGUACAAAAAAGAUCAGAGGCUGCCCAAGCUGGAGGUAGUGUACCAUCUUCACUUUUACAACAUCCUCAAUCUGAAGUACAUCAUAGAGAGUGAUGAAGGAGUGAGGUUGUGGUUGGCAUCUCAGUUGAAGGCUCUUUGCGUUUGGACGCCUCCACAGGGAGAAGAGGAGACCGAACAAGUUCAACAGAAAGUGAUGUCAACUGUAGUCGGAGUCUUGGUUGGAGCUGGCUUUGAAGUGAGCCAGGAGCCAGCCGCUGCAGACAGGAAGACGCCCCUGCUCUGCUGCUCAGUUCUGGACGACAUGCUCUUCUGGCUUCUGGACUCUGUGGAAAAGAGUGUGAUGCUGCAGUCUGCUGGCACGGGAGCUGAACUAUGGAUUCAGAUGUUUGAUGCUUCUUUGUGUGGAGUUUCAGUUUCAGUGGAAACCCUUCAACGUUUCUUCACACACUCCCUCACACAGACUCUCACUUAUAAGCCUCGACUUACAGUGUCAGAUGCCAUCACGCUGCAGAAUGAGUGGACCUUUGCAAAAGCCAGCCGGUCGUUGACUUCUCUUUUCCGUAAGCUGGCUGUGAUCUUCAGUGUGGAGCAGCUUCUGUGUCACCUGCAGAAGGUUUUGGAAACCCACGAGGUCAACUGGAAACACGUCCUGUGCUUCCUCUCCACUCUGCUGGUUUACAACCCCAGUGCCCAGCCUAGCCUAACAGAGCUGCUGUCCAGACUGCUGAGCUCUGCAUUUGAAGGCUAUGACCUGGAGAACAUGAUAACAGCCUUCCUCUUGGCUCGGCAGGGUGCGCUGGAGGGACCCGGCAUCUUUCCUUCCUACAGCAACUGGUUCAAGAUGUCUUUCGGUGGAGGAAGCGGCUACCACGCGACCAGUAAGAAAUCUCUGGUGUUUCUGCUCAAGUUCCUGUCUGACCUGGUGCCGUUUGAACCCCCACUGUACCUCAAGGUUCACAUCCUGCAGCCUCCUUAUGUGCCUGUGAAACACCGCAACCUCCUGAUGGAGUACGUCUCUCUGGCCAAGACCAGACUGGCUGACCUCAAGGAGUCAGUGGAGGACAUGGGUUUAUAUGAGGAUGUUUCCGGCGCAGGUGCAGCAUCGUUGCAGCCACAGUGCCAGGCUGAACAGGAUGUGGAGAAGGCCGUGUCUUUAUUUGACAACACCGGAAGAAUCUCUGCCACAGUCAUGGAGGCCAGUAUUUUCCGGAGGCAGUAUUUCCUGACACGAUUCCUCCCGGCUCUGCUGACACCGAGGAUGCUUCCUGUCAAAGCUGAUUCUCGGAUGAGUUUCAUUGAAGCUCUGAAAAAGGCGGAUAAGAUCCCUGCUGCACAGUAUUCAUCCUAUGUGGAGUCCUGCCAGAAACAGAGGCAGCAGAGUGGGAGUGCCCUGUGUUUGGACACUAAAGAUGAUCCUCUGGACGUCCUGAAGAUUCAGCUGCAGGAGUUUACAGAGCUGGUUGUCGAGGGAAACGACGGAGAGAUGUCGGCCCAUCUGUCCAGGAUUUCACACACCCUGAAUGUCGUCUUUCCUGGUCGUCCUGAUGAGCUGAUUGGACAGAAAGUCAUCGUUCUUCACAUGAACCCCCCUCUGUGCCCUGAGCUCCACGUCAGAGUUGUCAACAUGAUCCUGAGAAACUUCUGUCAGUGCUUGUUAUGUGCCUCCAGAGCAAACCCCCCUAAUAAACAAAGCCUGUGGGCCUCCAGGUUUGUCAGUGUGCUGCUCGGAAACACACAGUUCCUCUCCAGCCUCAUACACAGACUCUGGGACUUAUUUCAUAACCAGGGGUCGUCACUGCGUGCUGCCCACUUGCUUGGUCUGGCAGCAUUUGUGGUCCAUCUCCAUGUCUCCAUGUCCUGUGGUCCUCUGGUUCAGCUGGACCCGCCCAUCCUGCCCGAGCCAGUACCUGUUGGAGAAGCUCUUAGUUCGGCGCUGGUCUGCAGCACACACACUAACAUGCUCUUCUGUGUCAGGUUGUGUGUGGCAGCUGUGUGUUACGGGAUCUGCAGAGGAGACUCAGUGCCUCAGCAACAACAGCAGGACUACAUCCUCAACAGCCUCUAUAAGAAGCUUCUGUACCUCAUCCCAAGACUGUUGCCUGAAGCCAGAAGAAGUCCCCUCACUUUUGGAGGUCCCAGUAGUGAAUACCAGGAGGAGAACCUGCCUGGUCUGUGGAGCAGCGCCACACUCACCGACAGUACCUGGAGGAAGACCGCUUGGCAUCUGUGGAGGCACCCAGCUUUCUGUCAGCUGCAGCACACACCACGGUAUCAGUUAUUGUUCUCAGAGUGGCUGACUCAUGAGCUCAGAGUACAGAGAGGUGAAGACGCCCUGUCAGACCCAGAACGUCAGGAGUACCAGCAGUGGGCUUGCUUGGAGCUCUAUCUGUCUCGUCCGGAGUCGCAGGGAGGUUGUGGAGGAGACAUGAAGAACCUUUGCUCUCAUCUGCUCAAUGCCAUUAUGGACCAACAGUUAAGCGAGCAGAGCCCGGAAAGGCUGAGGUCAGAAAGAGGCACCUGUCUGCCGGACAUCCUGUCCAGGUUACAUGAGCUUGUGUAUGAGAUUGAAGUGACUGAUCUCUCUAGCAGCCGUAGAAGCAAAGCUGAUGUGUGUGACGUCCUGUUUGAGUUGGUGUCUCAGAAAUGUUCCUUCACAGUGACCUCAGCUUCCCCGAACAUCAGCACUGAGCUCAGCCUGCAUCACACACUGAACACAUGGAACAGAGUACUUCUGGCUCUCCCAGCAGCACUGUUCAUCAAAGUAAAGUCUGAGGGAGGGAGGAUGACUCUCGAUUGUAACAUGCUGAUAGAACAUGUAAACCAGCAUCAGAGAAAAGUGUGUUCUCCAGUCGGCUUACUGUCCUGUCAUCUGACAUCGCACCUCCUGAGAGGUGUGUUAUGUGCCAGUGUACGGUGUGAGCGCUCGGCAGAAGAAGUCAACAAAGCCUGUGCUCAGAUCAGUCUACACUGUCCUCUGCUCCUGGUCUCCACCAUGCACUGGUGGGAGCGUGUGUCUCCAGUGCUCUUGUCACUGUGGCAUCGUCUGUGUGAUGGAGAGCCUUUACCUGAGCAGCUGCAGCUCCUCACUGACUGUCAGAACUGGGCCUGCAGUUUAGAAAAGGGGCCGUCGUCAGUGCCAGGGCCUGAAGGUUCAGCUCUGCUGCUGGCCGCCAGCCUGCAUAGCGCCUGGCAGGGCUGUGGGUGCAACAACCACGUGGGCUUCAGUGCUGCCCUGAAUACACUGCGACCAAAGGAAUGCACACAGCACCGACAGGUGCUUGUUUUUCUGCUUUUCCUGUAUGUAAACGACUACCUGUCAUCACUCCUGAAUCCUCAGGAGAGCAGCCAUCAGAACAUCCGAAAUGUUUGCACAGAUCUUCUGCUUGUGUUGGUCGACUCUGCUGACUGGCUGCUCAUCUUUAAACCGAACGAACAAGGUUUUUACCAGUCAAUCGCCAUGGUGACAUCAGAUGAGUUUACUCGACUGAUGCCUUGGGCCUUCUACAGCCUGCUGCUCCAGCAGAGUGCGGAGCUGCUACAGAGAGCUUUGUGUUGUCCGGGGUUCCUCCAUACUGCCGUCCGCUGCUACAUCAGUCUGCUGCAGCUUUUCCUGGAGGGACAAACACUCACACCAGCCAGUGAACCCUCCGACAAUCAGAUGGAGCCUUCCCAGAUUGUGAGUCACUCCAAGCAGUUUCUCCUGAGAGCGAUCUCACAGACGUCUCCAACUGCUCCGUCCUCCAGCCAACUCAGACAGCUGGAGUCUCAGUGUGCAGAGCUGGACCCAGAGUUGGCAGCAGCUCUCUCUGUGCACCUCGACCCUCACACACUCAGCCCAGAGAUGGACUUCCUCUGAACCACUGCAGACUCAUGUUCAAGCAGAGAAACUGACUAAAGUCAAAUGCGACACCAAAAUCUUCUCCGCUCCCUCGAGCUUUGGAGGUGCAGUACAGCAGGUACUUUGUUUUAAAUAUCAUCCAACAGAAACAUGUUCCUCUUGUUAUAUUCAUCAAACAGUUAAGAUUUUACCAGUCCAAAUACUCGGCUUUGUAAAAAACUUCUACAUUUUAUUUGUCUUUUUACACAUAAUACACAAAGGACUUAAUUAUACACAUGUACAUCUGAAGCCCUUUUCACUGUUUACAAUACAGAUAGAAACUCUUAAAAAGAGUACUUAGCAUUGUAAUAACUUAAUAAGAAACAGUGACCUAAUAAAAGUGAAGUGAAGGUUCUUGGAAAUCAUUCUGCACAGCUGUUUGCACUGUGAGGAGGUUACACAGCACAAACGAGUGCUUCACAUAUAUUUAGGUAACGAGGAUAUUGCAUUAAAUAGGACUUAAAACUGCAUUCAUGCAGGAUACACACAUUUAUAUGUAGCUGCUACUGCAUACUCCAACUAUCAAAGAGAACGGUCUGUAUAAAUCCAUAUAGUCCACAGGCAGAGUGAAGUCAUUUUACAUCAGAUCAGUAACAGAGGCACCAGAAAAGUUUGUUGUCUUUUCAACUUAUAAUGAAACCCAGCCACUUUUUUGAUCAUUUCAAUCACCAUUUUUCUCCAUUCUAUAAUUAUCUCAUUAUACAGUGCUAUUUUUUAUUGGUUUUUUUUAACCAUUCCAACACUAAAUUAAAUUGCCUAACUACAAAUUUGGGAUUGACGGGAAAACUCAACAUUACCUACUUCUGCUGCUGCUUUGCAUUAAAAGCAUUCAACUGGGAAAAUUAUAGACUGCAUAAAAUAAGGUACAUAGCUACCGUGACGUGACGUCACCCAUG